CUUCUGGCGUCGAAGAGACGACGGAAGAGACGACUGGAACUGGAGCAAACAGCGCAACCGAAAUGGCGCAUCGAAAAUACGACCCAACCUUUAGACGAUCUUCAGAAGAAAGCGACUACUUUCAGUUGGGAUGACAUUUGCGAAGAGGCAAAGUUGUGUGUUUUGUCAACAAUCAACAAUUCGCCCAUUCCAUUUGAUGUAAGGUUGGUUGAGCUGAGCCCAACGGCUGGACGGUGUAUGCGACAUUUUGAGGCAAAUGAUGGCAUCCUAGCACGACAUGGUCAACAUGAAAUGUAUCAUUCUGGUGCCUGCGAGCUACCUUUUGCCUCCGAAGCAUGA